AUGCCUGUAGUUAACGUGGAUGAUCUCAUCUGCAUUCUCGCCCACGUCGAUCACGGUAAAACGUCUUUGACCGAUAGUCUGAUCGCCACCAAUGGCAUUAUCUCACCAAAGCUGGCGGGCAAGAUCCGCUACCUGGACUCCCGUCCAGACGAGCAGCUCCGAGGAAUUACGAUGGAAUCUUCUGCCAUUUCGCUCUUCUUCUCCAUGAUGCGUCGCCCUGCUCCCGACGCUGCGCCCGUGGCGAAAGAGUACCUGAUCAAUCUGAUCGACUCGCCGGGCCAUAUCGAUUUCAGCAGUGAAGUGUCGACCGCAUCCCGUCUUUGCGAUGGUGCCGUGGUGCUUGUGGAUGCCGUAGAGGGCGUCUGCAGUCAGACAGUCACAGUGCUGCGUCAAACAUGGGUGGAGCAAUUGAAGCCCAUCCUAGUUAUCAAUAAGAUCGAUCGACUGAUUACGGAGCUGAAGAUGAGUCCCAGCGAAGCUUACUCCCAUAUGAGCAAGCUGCUGGAGCAAGUCAACGCUGUCAUUGGUAGUUUCUAUCAGGGUGAACGCAUGGAAGAGGACCUUCAAUGGCGAGAGCGCAUGGAGGAGCAUGACGAGCCUACGGCAGAGUAUGAGGAAAGAGACGAUGAAGACCUCUAUUUUGCGCCAGAGAAGAACAACGUCAUCUUCUGCAGUGCUGUCGAUGGCUGGGCUUUUACGAUCCGUCAGUUUGCCGCGAUCUAUGAAAGAAAGCUCGGAAUCAAGCGCACUGUCCUUGAAAAGGUGCUCUGGGGAGAUUACUAUCUCGAUCCCAAAACGAAGCGAGUCCUGGGUUCGAAGCACUUGAAGGGUCGUGCUUUGAAGCCCAUGUUUGUUCAGCUUGUAUUGGACAGUAUCUGGGCGGCAUAUGAGGCUACAACAGGCACGGGCACAGGAAAGGGCGACCCGACUUUGUUGGAAAAGAUCACCAAGUCCCUGAACAUUAACAUUCCUGCAUACAUCCUGCGGUCUCGCGACCCCCGCAAUAUCAUGACGACCCUAUUCUCGAUGUGGCUGCCUUUGUCUACUGCAGUGCUGGUGUCUGUCAUUGAAUAUCUUCCCAGCCCGCCAGCUGCUCAAGCAGCUCGGUUGCCAGCAAUGAUUGAAGACUCUCCUGGCUCCCAAUACGUGGAUCCCAGAGUGAAGGAUGCUAUGGUUAACUUUAAGACGCAGAAAGAUGAGCCUGUCAUCGCCUACGUCAGUAAAAUGAUGUCCAUCCCAGAGAGCGAGCUUGGAUCGAGCAAGAAGAGAGCCGGUGGCACUAUGUCGGCCGACGAAGCCCGGGAGAUUGCUCGCAAGAAGCGAGAGGAGAUUGCCAAAAUGCAGGCAGAAGCCAACGGCGACCAGGCGGAUGACUUCUCUCGCAUAACAUCCGCCUUCGAACGGACUACCAUAUCGGAUGACAAACCGGCCGAGAGCGAGGAGAAGGAAGAUCCUGAACAUCUUGUUGGAUUCGCCCGUUUAUACUCCGGAACCCUCUCUGUGGGAGACUCUAUAUACGUCCUGGCGCCCAAGUUCUCGCCAGAGAACCCGCACGCCAGCCCGGUACCCCAGAAGGUUACCGUCACCGAUCUCUACCUUCUUAUGGGCCGCAGUCUCGAACCUCUCCAGUCUGUACCGGCAGGUGUUGUCUUCGGCAUCGGCGGUCUUGCAGGCCACGUUCUCAAGACAGGUACUCUGUCUUCGCAGCUCGAGGGCAGCAUCAACUUGGCUGGUGUCUCCCUCAACACACCACCCAUCGUGCGAGUCGCCCUAGAGCCCGUGAACCCAGCAGACCUGAGCAAGAUGGUAACUGGUCUGCGUCUUCUUGAGCAAAGCGAUCCUUGCGCACAAUACGAGGUUCUCCCCAGCGGCGAGCACGUCAUCCUAACUGCCGGUGAACUGCACCUCGAGCGUUGUAUCAAGGAUCUCCGCGAACGUUUCGCUAAGUGCGAGAUCUCAACCGGUCAGACCAUCGUACCCUACCGGGAAACCAUCAUCAGCGCUUCCGAAAUGGCACCUCCCAAGAACCCCGAGCUGGGACGAGGUGGUGUGCAGACCACUUCCUCAUCCAAGCAACUGACCAUGCGUCUCCGCGUGGUGCCGCUCCCUGCAGCCGUCACAGACUUCAUCUCCAAGCACGUGGGAACCAUCAAGCGUCUGCAAACCGAGAAGCGCAGAGCAGCAGAGACCCAAUCCAACGAGGAAGAACAACCAAGCAACGGAACAACCACGGUCGAAAGCUCCCAGCAAAUGGAAGCCAGCGACGCCACUGGCGAGGCCCGCGAAGCAACCUCCCUCUCCCUGAAGGACUUUAAGCAAGAGCUCGCCAAGCUAUUCGAAGACGAAGCAACCGAUGACAAGGGACUUUGGAAGGACGUAGUCGAGCGGAUCACAGCCUUUGGACCACGACGCGUUGGACCCAACAUCCUCGUCGAUUCAACAGAGGUCAACACCUGCGAGAAAUUCACCCGCGAAGCCCUCAUGGUCCGCGACCUAAGCGACAAGAUUGCGCACGCCUUCCAACUCGCAACCGGCCAAGGACCUCUCUGCCAAGAGCCCAUGCAAGGCAUCGCCGUAUUCCUUGAAUCCGUCUCCAUCAACACCACGACGGACGAAGACCUCGACCUAGGCCGCUUAACCGGCGAAGCCAUCCGUCUCGUCCGCGACAGCAUCACGCAGGGAUUCCUGGACUGGAGUCCUCGAAUCAUGCUGGCCAUGUACAGUUGUGAGAUUCAAGCAUCGACCGAAGUCCUCGGCCGCGUCUACGGCGUGAUAACCCGGCGCCGAGGCCGCAUCCUCUCGGAGGUAAUGAAAGAAGGCACACCCUUCUUCACUAUCUUGGCUCUCCUCCCGGUGGCAGAAUCAUUCGGAUUCGCGGAAGAAAUCCGCAAGCGGACUUCGGGCGCGGCGCAACCUCAACUGAUCUUUGCGGGCUUUGAGGCGCUAGAUGAGGAUCCGUUCUGGGUGCCGGCGACGGAGGAGGAAUUGGAGGAUCUGGGUGAGUUGGCGGAUAGGGAGAAUGUCGCGAAGAGGUAUAUGGAUAAUGUGAGACGAAGGAAGGGAUUGGUUGUGCAGGGAAGGAAGUUGAUUGAUGCGGAGAAGCAGAAGACGUUGAAGAAGUAG